CGGCCCCGAGCCAGUGCACGUGCGCGCGCGCACACACUUAGAGUGCUCCUCCAUAAAUAGACGCCGGAGCGCGAGAGACGACAACAAACAACAGUUUGACCGUCAAACUUCCGCCGUGAAUUUGACCGUUUUGAGUUGUUUUCAAUGGAGCGUGGAGAGUACGGAACCCCGGAGAAGAGACGCAGGAGACGCUGCCUGAUUGUAACUGUGGUCGCUGUGCUGCUGCUCAUUGUUAUUAUCGCCAUCGUGUUGGGACUGACGCUCCGGAAAAACACUGACACAUUUACGUCAACAUUCACUGCAAGGUGUGAAAAGUUUGAAGGAUACGACUGUGAAAAGGUCUGGGGUGCAUUUGAAGAAGCCUAUGUAGGGCGGGACCCAUGUAAAGUUCCACCAGGAGCCUAUGACCCCUUCAUUGCUGCAGCCCCUUUGAAACCUGCCUGCAACAGAAUGAUGUUCUGGAGCAAAACAAAGGAUGUGGUCCAUGACUUUACUGAGAAGAAAGAUUGUUUUAUCACUGUGGAGGACACUCUGAUGGGAAAUGUGGUGGAUGGUCUGACCUGGUGUGGGAAGGAGGGCAGCACUGAAACAUUCACUACCGGCUGCCCAGGAUGGACAGACUGUGAGAACAACACUGUUCGCUCGUUCUGGAACAGAGUGUCAACUGCGUUUGCAGAUGCUGCCUGUGGUGAUGUCUCAGCAAUGUUAAACGGCUCCAUCGAUACACCAUUCCAUCCUAAAAGUAUUUUUGCAAGCAUCGAGAUGAAGAGGUUCCACCCCUCUACAGUGAAAAGCCUGAAUGUUGUUCUGGUCACACAGAAGAGCACUGUGACAAACUGCACAAAUGCAUCUUUAAAGGAUUUACAGAAAGAGCUGGCUGAAGGAAUUAAAUAUAGCUGCAAGGAAGUGGCUGAAACUCAGAUUCAGGAGUGCGGCUCCAACCCUGACAUAGCCUGUGGGGCCUGCUGGUGAAGAACCAGUUCAUACCAGAUACAACAAUAUCCAGCUGUAAAUAAAUAUUUCUCUACAAUUCAUUUCUGUAAAGUCUUUGUAAAUUGAAUAAUGUUUUGUUAUGCAGUCCAUUCCUUUUGUACCCGUGGGCCAGUUUGACUUGAUGUGAAAUGUUUUUAUAUAAAUGUCACUGAUACAUUUUUACAACAUGACAAUGCACCUUUGUGUUCUGUAGUGAAAAGGUUCUGGGUGUGACGGGGAAGCUUAGAGCUCAGUGCCAUGUACUGUAGGAUGAAAUACCAGUGCUGCUAUCUAAUCACAUUGAACAGACGAUCUCACUCCCACCUGGUGGCAGAAUUUGUAAUGUUUUUAAAUAAAAUGUUGAAAUAUGAGGCUG